UUCUUCGAAUAAGGUUGCAAGCUCAAAUGCAUGCUACUAAUCCAUGGAUACCGCUCAACUGAUUGCGUGUUUAGCGCCUUUGUUGCGUCGUGAUCGCUGCCACCAGCUACUGCUCCUCACACCUCUUAAACUCUUUUGUUCCCCCAUGCGGUGCUACGCGCACCCCUCUUUUGUUUUUCAAUGAGACCGUCCGAUGACAUACGUCGUUAUUGCGCUAAUGCCACGCUAGAGCCGUUGGCGACAACCUGCGACUACAGCCUACUCUCCUUCUCUUAUCCGGAGCAUUCAUCAGUUUCCCGGGAAGCUGGAAGACCGCUUCUUCAAGUCAGAAAACUCUCAGAGAACUUUUUUCAGCUUAAUGUGCAGCAAUAUCCAUUUCCAAUCCAGUCUUUCUUGCACAGCGAGGAUAUUGAUGCGUACGAUGAUAAAUGCACGAUAGCGGUUUUUCCAGACGGGCUAGUCUCGGGAAAGAUACCACAUCCUGCUAGCAACUUGGCUGGAGUCAGCGAAUGGGUCAAGCAAUCUCUUCUGGCUACUUCCGAAUCAGUGUUGAACAUUCUUGAUUACGGUUCUUCGAAAUGGUUCUUCUUUGAAUUGUAUCAAGAUCGGGUGUUUUCCGCCCAUCUCCUCCAAAAACUGCACCAAGGCUUUCUGCAGCCGACAUUGGCAGUUUUUGUGGUUCCUCCCUGGGUCAUAACGUUGGACCUCUUUCGUUCUUUGGUUGACGUCGAAGUGGUGCGCGACCUUAGAAGUGCCACCAGACUGCGGGCACGACUAGGUGAUUGUUGUGACCUCUCUCCGCCUGAACUGCUGUGGUGCGAGAUCUAUGACCGAUGCAUGGAUAUGUCUGUCACCAGAUUUGUCCUCACUUCAUACGAUUAUUGGGUAUUCGGACAUUUAUCCCAAGACUCAGGCAGCUGCUUUGCAACGAUCACCCCCGUCAUGCACCCACGCUCAAGCGGUCCGACGCUGUUACAAGCGAUUGUGUUUCAUGUUCGCCCUACGGAGUAUCGGGACAUUGGCCUUUCGUCCCAAGUCUCUACGGCAUCAUCAUGGGUAUGUGGAGGCCUACUUAACACGGUCCACUUGUCCACUUAGAAUCUGCAGGUGUCAGGGGAUACAGCUCGCCCCCUCAAGCGCAAGACACCACCCGGAAGUGAUCGACCUCGGGAAUUGCGAGCGCCGCACUUUAAAACUCUUUCGUCCCGGUCCAGCACGGGUUCUGGCCCCCAUAGACGUUCUCGGAGAGCUCCAUCCGUCGUUUCUUCGCACAAGUCAAGAUCGAGGAAUUCUCGUUCAGUCGGGGAGGUCGCAGAUCCAACACACUUCUGUGGCCGCCCCCCUUCUCCAAUGCUUCACUCUGUCAAAGAAGAGUGCAUAGAUGGCGACUCUUCGGGAAGAGAGGGGCCACCUCCCAGUCCUAGCGCCAACUUCCCUG